AUGAAGUUCCUCUGCCUGCACGGUACCUUUGGAAGCGCCAAGAAAUUCAAGAUUCAACUCGCGCCAUUCGUUCAGAAGACUCAGGAGGACUCCGACCUCGAGUUUGAAUGGAUUUCGGGACUUCACGAGGUCGAGCCCCCGGCCGAAUUUGAACACUACUUUGGUGAGAAACCUUUGUACAGGUUCAUGCCGUUCAAUGGCAUCCGCGCGUACGACGACCUCUUCACCAAGUGGAGGCAGUGCCCCGACGGGGCAUCGACCGAGGAGAACAUGCGCCUGCUCUUUGGAAGCGAGGAAAACUUUCUGCACCAGAAGGCCUGCCUCCAGGAGACGAUCGACGCGGUGCUCAAGGCCAUUGACGACGACCCAGAGAUCGACGGUAUCCUUGGCUACUCGGAAGGAGCGACGAUAGCCGCGACCGCGAUUCUAGAAGAACGACGCAGGUGGGAGGAAGAAGGAAUUCCCAGGAGGAUCAACUGCGCCAUCUUCUUUGCUGGGUGUCCUGCCAUCUCCCUCAAGGACGGCAGCAUCUCGAUGCUGUCUGAUGCGGAGGCCGAGGAUGCUAUCGACAUUCCAACAUGCCACGUCGUCGGCUGCAACGACCCUUACAUUGAUGGGUCUGUUACCUUGUACGACAUGUGCAACGAGGACAAGGCUGAGCUUUUCGACCAUGGCCAGGGUCACGUCAUCCCACGCGACCCCAGGACCUUGUAG